GCCUCAUUCCUGCGUUGUUUGGGGACAGUAGGAAGAUGGCGGCGGCCCCGCUGUACUGUGUCUGCCGGCAGCCCUACGAUGUGAGCCGGUUUAUGAUCGAAUGCGACAUCUGUAAAGACUGGUUUCACGGCAGCUGUGUACAGGUAGAGGAGCACCAUGCCGUGGACAUCGAUGUUUACCACUGUCCCAACUGUGAUGUUAAACACGGACCCUCCCUGAUGAAAAGGCGGAACAACUGCCACAGGCACGACUACACGGAGCCAGACGAUGGAACCCAGCCGGUGCAGGCGGGCACCUCCAAGUUUGUAAAAGAGCUUCAGAACAGGACCUUUCCCAGCGCCGAGGAGAUUUUGAUACGAAUGAAGGGCGAGCAGGUGACCACCAGAUUCCUGGAGAGACAUGGCUUCAACUACCCCAUAGCUGUGACUGAGAUGGAAGGCCUGGGGCUCAAACUGCCCCCUUCUACAUUUUCUGUCAGGGAUGUGGAGCAGUACGUCGGUGGUGACAAAGUUAUCGACGUGAUAGAUGUAGCACGGCAGGCGGACAGCAAGAUGAAACUCGGCGCUUUUGUUAAGUAUUUCACCAACCCCCAUCGACCAAAGGUCCUCAACCUCAUCAGCCUGGAGUUCUCUGACACCAAGAUGGCGGAGCUGGUGGAGGUUCCUAUUGUGGCUCAAAAGAUGUCCUGGGUGGAAAACUAUUGGCCUGAUGACUCCUUCUUCCCCAAGCCGUUUGUGCAGAAGUACUGUCUAAUGGGGGUUAAGGACAGUUACACAGACUUCCAUAUAGACUUUGGAGGAACAUCAGUCUGGUAUCAUGUUCUCUGGGGUGAAAAGAUCUUCUACCUGAUCAAGCCGACGUCUACCAACCUUGCACUAUACGAGGCGUGGAGCUCCUCGCCCAAUCAGAGUGAAGUUUUCUUUGGAGACAAAGUGGAGAAGUGCUACAAAUGUGUGGUAUCCCAGGGAACCACCCUGCUCAUCCCCACAGGCUGGAUUCAUGGUGUGCUCACCUCUCAGGAUUGCAUGGCGUUUGGGGGGAAUUUCCUUCACAACCUUAAUAUUGGCAUGCAGCUCAGGUGUUAUGAAAUGGAACGUCGCCUCAAAACCCCAGACCUCUUUAAGUUCCCGUAUUUUGAGGCCAUCUGCUGGUAUGUUGCCAAAAACCUCCUGGAAAUGUUAAAAGAGCUACGAGAGGACAACUGUCCGCCGCCAACCUACCUUGUGGAUGGAGUCAAGGCUUUAAUCAGUGCACUAAAAACCUGGCUGAAAAGAGAGGCGACCCAGCCAACAAGUGAGGUACCUGACCAUAUCAGGCCAAACCAUCUAAUUAAAGAGCUGACCAAGGAAAUUCGUUACUUGGAGGAGGAGCCAGGAAGUGGGAACAGGCCAGUGAAAACUCAGGGAUGUGGAGCGUCGUCGGGAACCAACGGCUGCCCGGCCACGCGCUCCGCACUGGAGAGGUUUUGCCAGGCCCGGCGGGCGAGGCGAGCUGCCCGGCGGUUAAGGGAGCAGCAGCAAGCUCCCAAAGUACCCACCAACCUGGACAUCCUGGAGCAGCACACCAGGGAGGUGCUGAAGAGGCUGGAGGUGGGCCCGCUGGAGGAGGACGCAGCGUUUUGUGCCAAGGUUCACGGGAAACUCAACAAGGUGUCAACAGCAUCAGCAGCCGCCGCUGCAGAGUCGCUCGAAGACAACCACCUACGGCUCACGAUGGUCAACGGGAGAAUCAUCAGAGAUGUAAGGCGGCCGGCCAGCAGUCCCUCGAAGGCGGAGGGGGAGCGGCCAUCUGCGGGUCAGAGCCCGCCAAAGAGCUGUGUGGACGUGAAGUCGGAGAGAACCCAGGACAGUCCGGAGCAGCACAGCGCAGACGUGAAACCCGUGCUCCUCGGGGGUCUGGAGAGCGUGAAGACCGAUCUCAGGGAAGAUGUCUCCGGACACUCCAGCGCGUCGGACGUGGAGUCGGACAGCGACUCUCCCACAGAGUGUAAAGCAUCUUCGUCAUCAUCAUCGUCAUCAUCCUCCUCCUCUGAAGAGGAUUCAGAGAGCUCCCAGGAGGAAGAGGAGACGGGCUCAGGGCACACCAUACAGCUGGACCAGGCUGGCCAGAAACUCAGGCAUAACUGCAAACCACUCAAGCGAGAACGUCCUACCUCACCCAGCACAGAAGAGGCCAUUCAGGGGAUGCUGUCCAUGGCUGGACUGCUGUGCACCUCCAAGCCAGAGAGGCCGGCCUCCACCCCAGAGUCCUGGUGGUCCAACUCCAGCCAGUGCGCCCGGCAGGGGGGCGGGGGCACCAUGGACAGCCAGGGCAACAGCAGCAGCGAGGCCUGGGACAAUCAGGGCUUCCCCAGCCCAGAAGCAGGCUACCAGUAUGGUGACCCUUCAAUGUCUCCACCCCUGCACCCUUCCAAGAGACACGCCCCCAACCCUCCACCUAUCAGCAAUCAGGCUACAAAAGGAAAACGGCCCAAAAAGGGAAUGGCCACAGCCAAACAGAGACUGGGUAAAAUCCUAAAACUCAACAGACACAGCCACGUCUUCGUGUAACGCCUCCCCAACCGUCGAGAACAACUCCUGACUCUGAUGAGGAGGGAAAAGAAAAAAGAAAAAGAAGAGAUUUUUGUAUUUGUGGUUGGAGGAUCACUGCCCGGAGGAACAGUUGUUGUAAAACACGCUCACUGUGCAUGCUUAGGGGGGACAGGGUACCGGAUUAAGCAAGCGCACGGCUUCACAAUAAGCACACUAAGAACAAAACGAGGGGUCUGCGGACAUCCACACGGACAAAAAUCCAGGAUGUCUUAAAAGACAUAAAAAAAACGCUUUUUCUGUUUGGGGAGACAAGAAAAAAAAAAAAAAACCAUCUUCUCAAUGCCAAGAUCAUCCGCACCUCAUUUGCUGACGUUCGAUGCACUUGCUGUUGCUUUGUCUGCUGACUUGAACCGGGCGGAGCAGCAGCUGCUUCUUCUUCUAAUCCAGGAAGGCGGUGGAUGCGGUGCUCUAAAGGAGGUGGACGGUGGAAAUUUCUAAAGGUGCUUCUUGUUUUGUAUUUUUCUCCACCCAAACGUUCGUCCCUUCACUCCUUCCGAUCUCAAUCACACCAGCAAUAACGAGGAGAGAAGCGAGAGGCAGCACUUCUUCUUCUUCUUGAGGAUCUUUUUUUUUUUUUUUUUCAAAGGGCGUCGCAGGUUUGCGCUGCUUUUGGUGCAAAAUGACUCGAGUCGUUUGGAUUUAGUUAAAGAAAGUUACUCAAAGAGCUGCCUCUCCGUGGUUGGAAUAGCAGUUGCGAGUCAUUAACUCUGGAAUGACUUGAUCCUCUUUUAAUUUAUUUCUGUUAUUUUUGAAUGAUGUAUUUAUUAAUUGAAAAAGGUGAUAUUUGUUUUUUUAAUUUUAUGUUGACCAUAAAACCUCAGCAUUUCUGAGGGGUUUUACCCUUUUUUCUUUUUGUUAAAUCAAACUUUUUAUAAAUGUUGAUGUUUUAAUGUGAUUAUCUGUUGAGUAGCAGUUUACCUACAAAUCUUUUUUCCCUGUUUUUAAGUAGAGCCUGCGUUGAUUCUCGUCUGGGUUCCUCUUCUUCCUGUAGCCAGAGUUGUUGGGUUUUGGUGAGCAGAAGUUCAUUUAAAAAAAAAAGUCAACUUUCAUAUCGACACCAGAGCAUCCUCACUUCAUUUAGCAAAAUAAUAAAAAAAAAGUAUUCUGAGCCACCGUGGUUGAUCCAAAGUAGAUGCUUAGAAAUCAAUGGGGACGUCACAGGGAUGACUUUUUUGGGGGGGGUUUAAAGUGCUGUUGUGAGAUUUGUGUUUUUGCUCUGGGUGCGCAUUUCUUCACUCUCAGGGAAUCGUGGACAUAACCUCCAGGAAACCACCAGCCACAUCAUUGAUGCAGACAGGAGAAUCCCGGCGCUCCUGCUCGGGAAACGCUCCGCUUUUAGCUUUUUACUCCUCACUUCCUUCCGCCUGACAGGAAUCUGGUCGUUUAUCCCCUCUACCUCCUAACAAACGCUUAACUCAGUGUUACACCCGACUUCAUUUGAGUGAACGACACCCAAGGGGCCGUGUAGCCUUAAGACCUGUGAACGGCGUGAGAAUUGCUUUGCUCAGGUUGACCUGUGAGGAACUGUGACUCAUCACUCAGCCUCAGUGACAUUAGAAAAUUGUUUUUACGAAGUGUAAAUCGCAGCGCUAGACUCAAUUCCCAACACUACACUUUAACUUUGUACUUUUUGCAUGUCAGAACAUUGGAGG